AUUAAAAUUUAAUUUGAGGUAGAAUAUGCUCGGUGAAAUAUCUUUUUUCUGCUCCCUCUAACAAAGUAAAGCUGACUGUAAGUCCACCAAGUGUUCCCAGUGGUACAAGUACAUCUACAGUUACCCCGUCUCAGCCAGUGCUCAUCUCCAAUUCUGCGCAUCACAACGCUGAUUUCGUUCUCUCUUCCUAUUCAAGAGUCCGUCCAGCUUGACCUAGAUGGACCAGUAUGAAAAGGUUGAAAAGAUUGGUGAAGGAACUUAUGGUGUAGUAUACAAAGCUCGUGAUCGUGUAACGAAUGAAACUAUUGCCCUGAAGAAAAUUCGGCUGGAGCAGGAAGAUGAGGGUGUGCCGAGCACAGCUAUUAGAGAAAUCUCUCUCUUGAAAGAGAUGCAGCAUGCAAACAUUGUGAGGUUGCAAGAUGUGGUGCACAGUGAGAAGCGAUUAUAUCUAGUCUUUGAAUAUCUCGACUUGGAUUUGAAGAAGCAUAUGGAUUCAUGUCCAGAAUUCUCCAAGGAUCCGCGUCUUGUAAAGAUGUUUUUGUAUCAAAUACUCCGUGGUAUUGCUUAUUGUCAUUCUCAUAGAGUUCUUCACCGAGAUCUGAAGCCUCAGAACUUGCUGAUAGAUAAACGUACAAAUGCUUUAAAGCUUGCAGACUUUGGAUUGGCUAGAGCUUUUGGUAUUCCUGUCAGAACUUUCACUCAUGAGGUGGUGACCUUAUGGUACAGGGCACCAGAAAUAUUGCUAGGAGCACGCAACUACUCUACUCCUGUUGAUGUUUGGUCAGUUGGCUGCAUAUUUGCUGAGAUGGUGAACCAGCGGCCCCUGUUUCCGGGUGACUCCGAGAUUGACGAACUUUUCAAGAUUUUCAGAGUAAUGGGUACUCCUAAUGAGGAUGCAUGGCCUGGAGUGACUUCUCUGCCUGAUUAUAAAUCUGCUUUCCCAAAAUGGCCACCUAAGGACUUGGCAACUGUAGUCCCAAAUCUUGAUGCACCAGGCCUUGAUCUCAUUGGUAAAAUGCUUUGCCUGGAUCCCAGCAAGAGAAUCACUGCCCGGAGCGCCCUUGAGCAUGACUACUUCAAAGAUAUUGGUUUUGUUCCGUGAUUCUUUGUACCUUCAUUUUGAUGUAUAUUUGGGUGUGUUAUCUACAAGGUUUUGUUCUUAAUUUGUGCUAUCUUUAGGCUUUCAUUUCCCUUUUUUUUUUCCUUCUAAUUAUAUUUUCCUCCAAAGCAUACAAUCCUUAUUAGAGUGGUCCUGGCACAGCGAUGAAUAUUCUUAUUCCAGUUUCGGUGUACCAUGUGUGUUGAAGCAUAGUUUCAGUACAAUUUCCUUUUGGUUGUAUUUUGUGGUUCUGGAUACUGUUUUGUUACAUUAAUUUAAAAUUUUAUUUCAGGGUGCCA